AUGGGCGCGUGUCCCGCAGGCUCGGUGUCCGCGCUUCACCGGUUCGGUUCCCGCUGCGUGCUCCUGCUGCUGGUGUGUUUGGUGUGCGGGGUUCUGGGGACCUGGGGACCGGGACUGUACAGCUACCAAACCAGGACCUCACUCAACAAAGACCCGAGCAAAAGACACUCACACUGUGUGUGUGUGUGUGUGUGUGUGUGUGUGUGUGUGUUUACAGGUGAGAAGAAAAACCUGCUGCUGUCCAACAGUUUCCCUGACCCUCGACUGGUUCCUGCUCAGGGACCUCAGGGACCUCCGGGACCCACAGGACCCCCAGGAGCCCGAGGCCCAGCCGGACCGCCAGGCCCUAUCGGACAAAGUGGAAAGCCAGGUUCCCCCGGUGUACCAGGACCCACGGGACCAAAGGGAGAGCGAGGAGAGAGAGGACCUCUGGGGUAUCCAGGAGAGAGAGGCUUCAAAGGAGAGCCGGGUGACCCGGGGCCGAAGGGUGAGCCAGGGGAGAAAGGUCUUCCGGGGGACGGCAUACACCAAAUCCGUGAGGCCCUGAAGAUCUUAGCCGAGAGGGUUUUAAUCCUCGAGACUAUGAUCGGUAUCCACGAGCCCGAUGGAGGAUCCGGAGACGGCCCGUUCAGCACCCCGUCUACGGACUUCUUCCGGAACAAGCGUGCCGGCACCCUGCCCUUCCGGGUCAAACCGCCGUCCCUCUAUACCGAGUCUAAAAUCCGAAGGAAGUCCUAAAGAGUCAGCCUCUCAUUCCAGCUUGGACUGGCAAAACCCUCGCAAGUCCCUAUAACACGUACCGUCCUACAGAUCCGCUCACUAACUCUGGAACAUACCAUUGAAUAAAGAAGGGGAGGGGGGGAACACCUCAGGGAAAAAACCAAGUGGUGCUGCAGAGGUUCACCAUCUCAACUGGAAGUCAGUCUUUAACUUCGAUCUCCCUUUCGCUUGCAUGAAACGAAGAAAAGAGAAAUGUACAGUUAUUCUAACGGUGCUUGAGUAAAGAUUAUACAAUGUGGGACAAUAAGGGGACGAAACAAGCUGGUACCCAUGAUGGAGAAAGAACAUCAGGUUAUUAUUCGCUGAAGUCGCUAUAUAUAUAUAAAUAUUUUAACAGACCCCUUAGGGAAGCUAGGAAAUGUAUCGUAUGUAGGAAAACGCUUAUUCACUAUUCAGUUUCCAAACAUUUAAGCAAUAAAUUAGUUAUCCUCCCUAGCAUUAAAUGCACUAUUUUAGAUGUUGUUGUUUUUUUGUGUUUGUUUUUUUUGUAUUCUAGAGAAGCAGGAAGGAAACAGAAUCCCACGCAAAGGCUUUAAGUUUAAGCAAAACUUACCUGACGCUUGACAUUUUGACGUUGUGUAAACUGUAUCUAUUUAUUUGCAGGGUUUUUAUUUGAUUCGGAAUUUAUUACUAAAACACCACGUUUAGAGCUUUGAGUUUCCAACACAAGAAGAUCUAACGCCAAGUGCACACGACAUCAUUUCAGCCCAGGCUUUUAUUUUAUUAUUUUAUUAUUUAAAAAAAUAAUAAUAGCAUUAACAAUGAGCUAAAAUAAAAACCCCGCCCUCUAAUCGUUCCUUCAUCAUAAUGAGGAGAUUAAAUCACCGUGCUUGGGAGCACUACUGUUUUUUUCUUCAUCACGGAUUUCAUUUUCGGCCUGAAAAUAUAUUAAUGGAGGAGCAAAAAAAAUGCAAUAAAUGAAGUGUAGAAUCCCAAAUUUUGGCAGGAAGGUCCUGAAUCUUGGCUGCUACCUGCUUAUGGCACUAAUUUGACCGCUCGCAUAAAACAGCUUGAAAUAUUUCAGUUAUUCGACCAUAAAAGAGUAAAUUUUGUAAGUUAGUGAGUGCUUGGACCCCUAUUGAUCGCUGCUUAUGGGAUCCCUAUAUAUAUAUACUGUAUAAUUGUUUUAAUAUUCUUUCUCUUGUUUUUGCAUAAAUACACACUACAGCAAGUUACUUAUUCUUCAUCUUGUCAAAGUUAUCAACAGUUCUCACUUUUAAUUACUUGAGAUAAUAAGAUUUCGGGAUCGAGGGUGUUUUUUUUAAAAAUUGGGAAUCCUUCCAGGUUUAAAGACAAAAAAAAAACACCUACUCAUAUGAAACAAAUUUGGCUAGUACACAUAACAUACGCCGAGCAGCAAUUCUGAGCAGACUGUAAUUAUUUUAAAGUCCGAGAAAGAGAAAAAACUAAAGAGGUGAAAGAUAUUGGCAGCCAGUCUUGAUAAAAUACUCACGGCACGUGACCUUAGUCCGUAUUUAACUGAAUCUCGUAAAAUUAUAAAACUGCCUUCAUGCAAAAAAACAACAAAUAUAUAAGAAAAGAUCUGGGCUACAAUAAUGUAAGGUGCACUCGGUAUACAUCACGUCUCCCUGAUCUCUAAUCGCAGUGUGGACCGAUGUGGUUAUAUUCUAAAUACUAAAUAAAAACAGCCUAAAAUCUUCGUUCGGUCAUCAGAGUGACUUAGACGGCAUUUUUUUUUCUUCUUUUAAAAAAAUUAAAAUAAUACAAAAUGAUUAUGGUGAUGUCCUACACAAUCUUUACAGGGUCCUUCAGAGGGAACCUUUAAGAGGACCUUUUAAUUAACCACUGAACCCUUAAAGAACCCCUGAAGAACCUAAAUUCUUCUACAGAGUCUACAAGCACACAGAAGUGCUUCACAGAAGAUCAGUUCAUGGUUUAAAUGACUGAUGAUCAUCUGAGAAAUGAACUUACAUGGAACUUGAAUCUUUUUUUUUCUUUCUAUCUGCAGCUUUAUAUCGUUCUCCAGCUAAAACGCUCAACUGACUUCCUUUUUUUUUUUUUUUUAAGACUCGUCUUUUGUCGUGUUUUGUUUGGGGUUUUUUUUUUUUCUCUGAAUGUUGAUUAUUUAAAAAAAAAACGAUUAUUAGUUCAUGUUUCAGUGUUUUGUACGACAAGCACAUGUAACGUCAGGUCGUAUUUUCUCCCCUCGGUAUUUUACGGCUUCUCAAAACGUUUGCUCUGAUUUGGUCUCUGUAAGUGUUUGGAGUAAUGUUAAAACAAUAAAGUGUCUGGUGUUCCUUUCUUUUAUUUUAUAAAGGUAAUCUUUUCGCCUGUAUGGUUGCUGUCUGUUUAUGGAUAACGAUUUAAAGACCACCUGAAAUCAAAUCCGACCUCCUUUCUUCAUGCUUUUAUUUUGUAAUUCGUCACUUUGCCUUUGUAUCCCUGAUCUGUUUAUCAGCUCGUCGUCUGCCACUAAAACUAUUUUUUUUUAAAUUCCCUAAUUAAU